GGCGAGAGAGAAGGCAGCAUGGAGCCGGGCACCGUGGCCCCCAGCCCUGUCCUAAGCCCCUACGACAUGGGCGUCAUCGCCGCCUACUUCCUGCUCGUCGUCGGCGUGGGGCUCUGGUCAAUGUGCCGCACCAGCCGGGGCAGCGUCGGCGGGUACUUCCUAGCGGGCAGGAACAUGUCCUGGGCGCCGGUGGGCGCGUCACUCUUUGCCAGCAACAUUGGCUCCGGGCACUUCGUGGGGCUGGCAGGCACGGCGGCUGCCAACGGGCUGGCCGUAGCCGGCUUCGAGUGGAACGCUCUCUUCGUGGUUCUCCUCCUGGGCUGGGUCUUCGUGCCCGUCUACCUCAGUGCAGGGGUGAUCACCAUGCCCGAGUACCUGAAGAAGCGCUUCGGGGGGCAGCGCAUCAGCCUCUACCUCUCCGUCCUCUCCCUCUUCCUCUACAUCUUCACCAAGAUCUCGGUCGACAUGUUCUCGGGUGCCAUCUUCAUUCAGCAGGCCCUGGGCUGGGACAUCUACCUGUCUGUCAUCGCCCUCCUCAUCAUCACCACCAUCUACACCAUUACAGGGGGGCUGGCGGCCCUGAUGUACACGGACGUGGUGCAGACCUUGGUCAUCGUCACCGGUGCCUUCGUCCUCAUGGGCUUCGCCUUCUGGGAGGUGGGGGGCUACACAGGGUUGGUGGCCGGCUACAUGGAGGCCGUGGCCCGGCACCCUGACCCGGCCACCCACAACAUGUCGGCCGCCUGCUACCGCCCGCGGCCAGACGCCUUCCACCUGCUGCGCGACCCUGUGAGUGGGGACCUGCCCUGGCCCGGGCUCCUGGUGGGGCUCACCAUCAACGCGGGCUGGUACUGGUGCACCGACCAGGUGAUCGUGCAGCGGUGCCUGGCCGGGCGGUCGCUGGUGCACGUCAAGGGUGGCUGCAUCCUCUGCGGGUACCUCAAGAUCCUGCCCAUGUUCCUCAUGGUGCUGCCCGGCAUGAUCAGCCGUGUGCUCUACCCAGACGAGGUGGCCUGUGCGGUGCCCGAGGCCUGCAUGGCCGCGUGCGGGAACCCGAUUGGCUGCUCCAACAUCGCCUACCCCAAGCUGGUCGUCAGUCUCCUGCCCGCCGGCCUGCGGGGGCUGAUGCUGGCGGCGAUGCUGGCGGCGCUGAUGAGCUCGCUGGCCUCCAUCUUCAACAGCAGCAGCACCCUCUUCACCAUGGACGUGUACCGGCGCCUGCGGCCCUGCGCCGGCCCCCGCGAGCUGCUCCUCGUCGGCCGGUGCGGCCCGCGGGCCGGGGCUGACAUCUGGGACACAGUGCCAAGGGACCCAGAUGGGCAGGCGGUGGUGGGAUGGGGAAGCCCGGUGUCUGGGCGGGCUGGGAUCUGGGACCCGGGUGUCCAGGGCACGGUACCGAGGGCCCCGGGCAGUGGUGGGAUGGGGAAGCCCGGUGUCGGGGGCGGGCUGGGGCCGGGAACCCAGGUGUGCGGGAGCCCUGGCAGCCACGGGACCCAGGCGUCCGGCCCGCAGGGCAUGGGUGCUGGUGAUGGUGGCGGUGAGCGUGGCGUGGCUGCCCGUGGUGCAGGCGGCGCGGGGCGGGCAGCUCUUCGACUACAUCCAGGCCGUGGGCAGCUUCCUGGCCCCCCCCGUGGCCGCCAUCUUUACCCUCGCUGUUUUCGUGCCCCGUGUCACCGAGGCCGGUGCCUUCUGGGGGCUGCUGGGGGGGCUGGCGCUGGGGCUGGCACGGCUGGUGGCAGAGCUGGCACUGGGGGGCGCAGGGGGCUGUGGGGGGGCCCCGGGGCGCUGCCCCCCCGCGCUCUGCGGCCUGCACUACCUCUACUUCGCCAUCCUCCUCUUCCUUGCCACUGCCGGUCUCGCCCUGGGCCUCUCGCUGUGCGGCCCCGCAACACCCCGCCACCAGCUGCAGGGCCUGGUGUUCGGGCUCCGGGACCGGCGCCACAACCCCGAGGCCGAGGAGGGGCCGGAGCCCCCUGCCCCCGCCCUACACGGCCCUGUGCCCGCUCCCUCCGGCUCCCCCGGCUGCUGGGCCCGCCUGUGUGGAGAGGGGGGCACCAGGGACCCCCCCACCUUGGCUUCUCCUCCCUUGGACAAGCCCCACCCCCUGGAGGACACCCCCAGGCAGCGCCGCCUAGUGGACACCCAUGCACUGGUGAUGAUGGGGGUCGCCUGCUUCCUCUGGGGGUACUUCGCCUGACCCCCCUCAGGCCCCAGAUGUCUGGGUACCCCCGCCAACCCCCAGAUGCCUGGGAUUGCCCCACACCCUCCUGAGAUUAAAUAAACCAACUGGGAGCCA